AUGCUGUCUAACCAUCCGCCAACUAGCAGUCUUCAUGCCCGUCACCGGCACCGACGCCAAAAUUCGACACCGACGGCCUUUGAAGGAGUGAAGAUCCAGCCAUUGCCUAACAAUGUCCAGCGUCAACGUGCCCUCGGCCACCGCCGAGGCCUUAGCCUGGACACUCGCAGACAAGUGAUGUCUCCCACGACAGCCACAAGGCAGGACUUUGCGACGGUAAGUAUCACUAACAACACAGGACUAGCACAACAACCGCAGCACGUACUGCGAGAAGCGCAGCAGCAACGCAUACAAGCACGCCCGGGCCCCAGGCAGCAAGCACACUUUCACCAACAGCAGCAGCAACAACAACAACAACAACUCCAACAUCAACAGCACAUGUUCGUGGCCGCUAACGAUCACGAAAACUACCUCGUUUCCCCCAACGGCACCCCGCAGACCCAGCGGUUCGACGCCUCGUGUUUUGAUUCGACUCCCAUUCAGUUCGAUCAGUAUGGAAACCCGAUCAACGGCAUGAUGGCGAAGAACCAGCAGGCCUACGGCGCCAACAUGGGAGGAAACAAGGACUUCGAACUCUUUGGCCCUGACACUUCCCUCUCGACACCCUCCUUCAUGAACUUUAGCGACGCCCCCAAUACCCCACAGGGCUGGAUCUCUGAGGGCGACACCGCCAGCACGAGGCGAUCCUCGAGGAGAAUCAGCAACGGUAUCAUGGACAGGGUAAACAAGUUCGAGACCAUGGGCAUUGAACAAAUGUCAAGACCUAUGACGCCCCCUCAUCAGAAUGCAAACAAUUACUUCCCCCCUACUCCAACGGAGACGCCUCAUGAUCGGGCCGUUAAGCACGAGCCCAUGUCGGCCAGACCAAGCCGCUUCGCUGACGGAUAUGAUGAGUCUAUGGAAGAGACGCUCAAGCCGACGAGGAAGUCAAACCAGCGGACCCAGAACAUCUUUGAAGAGAUGAGGAGACAGUCUGAACAGAACGCCAUGCCUGGUCAGCCGCAGCCUACUCAGGUUACCGACGGCGCCAUGUAUGAGCAGGUGCCCACGGCCGACUUCAUGAACAUGAACAACUUCAACGCCGAGUUCAUGAAGAUCCAGGGCGGCUACGAUGGCAUCACCGACGACUUCAACGGCUCUGACCUGUCGGCACAAUCAACUCCUCACACUCCUCUGAUGAAUUUCCACGCCGCGUUCGACCACAGACCCGAUCUGCGUCAUCCUAAUAUUGAAAUCUCAUCCAUGUCUCCCGCUCGAUCCCUUGACAUGUCUUGCCGCACUUCACCUCAUCGUCGUACCGAGUCUCUUGCCAGCAUCGCCAGCGCAGCCAGCAUCGCAAGCAUCAACAUUGAGGAAACCAAGACUGAAACCGGUGUCACCCUCGAGGAUAUUGCAAAUUACAUCCAAGGCCCCGAUCCUGCCGAUGGCAAGUGGACUUGUGUGUACGACGACUGCGGCAAGAAGUUUGGCAGGAAAGAAAACAUAAAGUCCCACGUUCAAACCCAUCUCAACGACCGACAAUACCAGUGCCCUACCUGCAAGAAGUGCUUCGUUCGCCAGCACGACCUGAAGCGGCACGCCAAGAUCCACACCGGUAUCAAGCCCUACCCCUGCGAGUGUGGCAACAGCUUCGCCCGCCACGAUGCUCUUACUCGCCAUCGCCAGCGCGGUAUGUGCAUUGGCGCCUUCGACGGAAUCGUGAAGAAGGUCGUCAAGCGCGGCCGCCCUCGCAAGCACCGCCCCGAAAUGGACGAGCGCGUCAACAAGUCGGCUCGUACCAGGACCAAGAACAAGUCUACCACCUCCACCUCGUCGCAAUCCGGAUACUCUGACAGCUCUGCGGUCAACUCCCCAGAGAACGACUUCAUGAUGUCCGACGACCACUUCGAGAUGGGUGGUAUCAGCAUCGAACGACCGGGUCUGGACAUGCCUCUCCAAAUCACCACGGUAUCCUCUGCGCCGAUGCCUUCGUCGCCGCCCCGGAUUCACAGAGAAUUGGAUAUUGAGCCAUCACCCGCUGCAAGCCACAACUCGGGCUACGUCUCGCCGGAAGCCCUCAUGGAGGCGCCAGCUUCGUUGCCCCAGCAACCCGAAUCACCAUCCAAGAGCGAGUACAACACCCCGCCAGAGCUUUCCCAGUCCUCAUCGCCUCCCCCGAACCAGUUCUUUGACGCCGAGCCUAACGCCUCUGGCUUCAGCGACGAUUCACUUUUGGCUGGAAUGAGAGGCACUUCUGGCGCGGUCGGCAACACCAGCAUCUCCAGCCUCGGUCUGGGCGACCCUGAUGAUGAGAUGCUCAUGAAGGCGUUCACCAGCGAGGAGGGACUGGUCCAAUUCGACCGCGACCCCAACAUGCUCAUGAUGAGCAAGUUUGAUGAGGAGUUCGAUGACGCGGUGAACAUGUUCACCAACAACGACGACAUCUUUUUCGGUAGCUCAUGA